AUGGGGUCUGUAGAUGUUAUGCUUGUCCUAUUUUUGAGUUUUUCUGAGGCUACGGCCAACAUUAGUACCGCGACUACUCCAAGCCAACCCGCACAACCCUCGAAACCGCAAAUAACAGACUUUGUCAAGAGAAACUGCCACAAGAAGAUCCGAGAGGAGCACAAGCGCAAUGCUACCGAUGCUCAAGAACAAACCCUGGCUUCGACGCUUGCCGAACUAUGGAAGCCUUUAGUACAUCCCAUCACAGAACGGGUGUUUGUCACCGAUAAGGGGGAGCGAUUUGAAGUUCCGGAAGGACAGAUGCGAUGGAAGAGACCGUUGGGGAAGAAGGUUGUUCUUAUCGAUACGGAUACACGGCUUGAUGCAAGCAGCGAGAAUACAAUGUUAAACGAGUGUCCGUUGUACUACCCGACUCUUCCUGGACGAACUGCUGGACAUCUCAACCACUAUCUAUAUGCUAUGAUCCACGGUUACGACUACCGUUUAGUAAAAGCAGCAGACUACCCCGACCGACACGGUACAUGGAUCAAACCCGCCAUCGCAAAAGAAGCUUUAAAAUCCUACGACUUCGUUGUCUCACUCGACUCGGACGCUGUCUUCACCCACCUGGACCUCCCACUAGAAUGGCUUAUGAACCUCUGGGACGUGCACCCCGAAACCCUCAUCGCAAUGGCCUACGACCUCGACAUAAAAGCCGACUACGACUCACACAACAAUCUCAUCCUGAACACAGGCUUCGUAAUUUCACAAGCCAGCAAGCGCACACAAGAGCUAUAUUCCAGAUGGGAAGAUUGUCCCCGCAGCAUUCCAGGCUGCGAAGCCUGGAAUCUGAAGUGGGCGCAUGAACAAAGCGCCUUUUCAUAUUACAUCCGCUACGAAUUCAACGGAACGCAUGAGAUCAAGGGGAUUCCGUGUAAUCAUGCCAACGGGAAUGAAUUUGCGAAUGAGGGGAACUGUGAAUGCCAGGGUGUUUUUGUGAGCCAUAAUUGGCAUACUAAGCACAAGGUUCCUGAGCUGCUUAGUAGGAGUGUUAUGACUGCUAUGGCGAGGAGAUUGCAUGGGCAGUUUCAGAAGGAUAUUGGGGGGUUUUUUACGGAUGUUUCGAAUGAGACUUAUCCUUUGAAGGAUAUCACGAUAUAG